AUGCGGUUCACACCAUUUCUCCUUCUCAUAGGAGCAGCAAGCGCUGCUGUUCCAUCUGUAUUAAUUAAGACAUGUAAUGGGAACAAUUGCUUGAGAGCAAUAGCAGCCACAGCACCAGUCCAUCUCACCAGGAGACAAUCAGAGGAUUGUUCGUCGUUUUUUAAAAGUUACAGUACAUCUACUACCACAGAGAAAAUAACCCAUACACCAAGGCCCGAAACAGUUACAAAAAUCACCGGUUUUGACGCAAUAGGGAUUGAACGCUGCCCACCGACACCGGCAUCGACACCUCCUGUCCCAACGUUCCCCAAUUAUGUAGUCUCAGGAUGUACUGGAAGCGCUCAAAGCGUCGUCGUUUCUCGGUUUUCAUCCGCCUGCUCCUGUAUUGGUGUCCGAGAGACUGCCCCAGUUGUCACUGUUACACAAACAGUCGAAGAGACUACCACUGCUGCCGGUAUUGAAACCGCUGUUGCGACCGCCUUCCAUAUCAAAGUCCGCGGCAAAACACCGCCCCUCUAUCUUCAUAUUCUCACAAUUGAUGGAGAUCAGUAUGGAACUGCCUUCACUGAGAACAUAGCCGAUGCUGUUGAGUUCUCCCAGCACGCCGAAGGUGGACUUAGCAGCAAAUAUGGACAAGUGGCACCUUAUUUUGCAGACCCAGACCUCCCGAUUGGAGGAGUAUAUUAUGGGGACCCGAACGAUCCAAUCUUUUACGUUGAUAUCGAGUCUCUUACCUUUAACCUGGAAAACUGGGAAUCAGGUGACAGACUCCCCGGGCAGACUGGCUUUGAGACCUUCGCGAUAUCACCCCCACUGGUAGAAGCAGGCUUCCCGCCCCUACUACUUGCUGGCAAAAAGGGAAUUGAUUGGGCCCCAUAUGUGGAGGAUGGGUUCGAAGUCAUCCAACUUCAGGCAGUGCCGAUCGCCCCUCAGUGCUAA